AAACCAAAUUCAUCCACGCAACACAAGGUAGGAUCAAGUUCAUGAUGUUGCCAAAUUCUCUCCUCCAGAGGCUGGCAAGUUGGUGCCCGUGGUUGCUGAGAGAUGAGCGGAAGCAGCCUGUCAAGGUUCUCGUCACCGGCGCUGCGGGGCAGAUUGGGUACGCCAUAGUCGCCAUGAUCGCGAGGGGUCUGAUGCUUGGGCCAGACCAGCCGGUGGUUCUCCACAUGCUGGACCUCCCGAAAUCCGCGGAGACUCUGAACGGCGUCAGGAUGGAGCUGAUCGAUGCCGCGUUGCCUCUUCUCAGAGGUGUCGUGGCAACGAGCGACGAGGCCGAAGCGUUCCGAGGCGUCAACUUCGCCGUCCUGAUCGGCGGAUCGCCGAGGAGAGAAGGGAUGCAGAGGAAAGACCUGAUCGCCAAGAACGUGCCCAUCUACCAGUCCCAGGCCUCCGCGCUGCAGCAGCACGCUGCCCCAAACUGCAAGGUCCUUGUCGUGGCUAACCCUGCGAACACGAACGCGCUGGUGCUGAAGGAGUUCGCGCCCGCGGUGCCGGCCAAGAACAUCACCUGCCUCACGCGGCUCGACCACAACCGCGCCCUGGGUCAGAUCUCCGAGAAGCUGGGCGUGCACGUCGCCGACGUCAGGAACGCCAUCGUGUGGGGGAACCACUCCUCCACGCAGUUCCCCGACGCCCGACACGCCACCGCUAGGACCCAGCACGGGGAGAAGCCCGUCGUGGAGCUCGUCGCCGACGAGAAAUGGUUGAAGGAGGAGUUCGUCAGCGUCGUGCAGCAGCGCGGCGAGGCGGUGAUCAAGGCACGCAAGCAGUCGAGCUCGCUGUCCGCCGCCAGCGCCGCCUGCGAUCACAUGAGAGACUGGAUCCUUGGUACCCCGAAGGGCACGUGGGUGUCUAUGGGCGUGUACUCUGACGGGAGCUAUGGCGUUCCCGAGGGGAUCUUCUACUCGUUCCCGGUGACAUGCGACAAGGGAGAGUGGUCUAUCGUGCAGGGUCUUGAGGUUGAUGACUUUGCACGGUCCAAGAUGGAGCUUUCGGCGAACGAACUCGAUGAAGAGAGGUCCAUGGCGUACGAGUUCGUCAGCUCUUAAAGAGAUCAGUAGAUCACUUGUAUAUACACGAGUCAUAAUAAUGUAAAGAACAUGGUUAUGAGCUUCAGACAAUUGUUGCACAACCACUGAACCACCAAUAAAGCAGACAGCGAUGGAUUGCUGUAUAUAUAUCCCUAAAUAUUGCUUUGAUAAACAGGAACGACUGUCCCUAGUUGAUAAAUUACAUGAUCAGGAGACAUAAAAAAGAGGAAAAAGUAGAACGUGGCAUGGCGACGGUUAUCUUCGAUCCAGUAACAAGAACGCACAGCAGUUAUCUUCCAAAGGGAACAGAGUACCAUAAUCACAAAAGAUGGGGUAACCAUUGUUAUUGUACUUGUCCAUUUGUCAUUUUGGCAGAUAAUUGUAACUGCCCUGAGACUUUACUUGGACAGAUGGUCAUGUUAUAGAGGGUAGAGGCACACCAUAUUCA